CCGAGGUCGUUGCAGCAGUUGGUGACUGCCUCGAAGUCUAUAUGGACGGCGGAGUUAGAUCUGGCGCUGAUGUGGCCAAGGCACUUAGUCUUGGAGCACGCGCGGUUUUCGUCGGACGCCCAGUGCUUUGGGGACUAGCCUACAACGGCAAAAGAGGGGUCGACAAGGUACUCAGUUUAUUGCAAGACGAGUUCGUGCGCACAAUACAACUACUAGGUUGUCCUAACUCUAAUGACCUCAGCACAGACUACGUUGUCCGGGAGGACCACUACCACCGUUCUUAGAAGAAUAUCGUAGCAACGCAGAUAUCUUCAAGAGUGA